UUAAUCCUCCUUCGUACAUGUAUAUUUACAACCAAUUCAGCCAUGCUAAUAACUUUUAUAAUAUUAUAUCAACAAGUAAAGUAAAAUUCAGCUCUGCUGCAAAACAUAAUUAUACAAAAAGUAUUACUGUGCUCUCAUGGCGUGACAUUCAAAAUAAUGCUCUACUCUACACAUGUAUAUACAAGUAUAAUAAUAAUAACACAGUACUUGGUUAUGCUAUAAUUAUACAAAAAGUACUCACAUGCUAUGGUAUAUUCUACUCUUCAUACAGGCAUAUAGUAGAUAAUACAGCACUUGGUUAAAUCAUGCAAACGACGAUAAUAUUGAUGACCAAUAGACUUGCAGUGUCAGAGGAGUCGGAAGGUGGAGGACAGUCGGUGGCAAGACAGAUGUGUAAGCAAGCUCAGGGUGGUAUAUAGGAGAUGUGUAAUACAAGUAAAAUAAUUCAGCUCAGCUCUGCUUGGUUACAUAACAUGACGAUAGUACGUAGGAACCAAACGACGUUGAUGACCAAUAGACUUGCAGUGUCAGAGGAGUCGGAAGGUGGAGGACAGUCGGUGGCAAGACAGAUGUGUAAGCAAGCUCAGGGUGGUAUAUAGGAGAUGUGUAAUACAAGUAAAAUAAUUCAGCUCAGCUCUGCUUGGUUACAUAACAUGACGAUAGUACGUAGGAACCAAACGACGUUGAUGACCAAUAGACUUG